ACCCUACUAUGAAUAGGCAUCUAUUACGUCUUCUUUCUAUAUAAGGGUACUUAUGCAUUUCGACAUUUUUUGCGUGGAAUUAAACGGCCGGUCACUAAGACAUUCUUCAAGGUUAUUUAUACCAACGUAUGAACGCUAUUAUACUAGAUCAAAUUAUAUCCCAUUUCUAUGCAACGGUGUUCCCUUAUGUCCGAGCAGCAUUUUUCCCACCCCCACCACGUCUCCGACCCAAUUGUAAUGCAACGGCGGGUGUGGAGUCCGGCGUGCGGGCAUUGUACCGCCGACAUCCACGCCUCGCGUCCACCGGCUUCUCCGGCUCGCGCCAUGGUGUGCGACGACGGGCUGCACGCCUCAUCGCCUUCCGCGCGGCACAAGUCUCUCCGCCGCCUCGCCUCUACCCGCGGCUUCAGACCUCGCCCGAUACAAGAAUCAACCUGGAUACGCGUCUUUGAUGGCCUCGAGCCUUUCGCCGUCGAUGCACCCAGCAAACUUGUCAAGGUCACUCUCAAUUCCACCGUUGAAGAGGUAAACAAAAUACUCGGUUUGAACGAUGAACUCACAUUGUGGCGACAAAUUGGUGCUGAGAGACCUAGGAGAUUGGAUUUUGACGAGUAUCCCUUGCGUAUACAGGAGCAAUUUUUGGUCACGCAAGGAUGGAAGUCGGCGGAUAGAAGACUACGGUUGGCUGUAGACCCAGAACUGCGACAUUCUAUACGUUUUUCGACGGGACCUGCUGCAAGAACUGUUGGUACGCCAAGAUCUGGAACGCUCUAUGUUCUUAAAGGGCAUGUUUUCCCGCAAUGGAAACCUCGUCUUGCGUUUAUUCUUGGAUCUCGAUUGCAUAUGCACGGUUCAUCAUGGGAGAUGUUAGAGCUAAGCCGAGGAUAUAUAGAGCUGUGUCCCCCAAAGGCCCAAAGACUGGUGAUUUGCGUAAAACCCCGUUGUCAUGGUCACGGCGUCUCGGCAGACGCUGUAAAUCAUCUCUUUCUCGGCUUCAGCGCUGUUUGGGAAAGAAAUAUGUGGUACUGCUGGUUAAGAGAGGCUACGGAAAGCGUGCAGCCUCCAAAUGUAUUGGAUCUCAGCUGUGGCGGAGGACGGGCAUCCCUGGGAGCUGCGCUGGCGCAACAAGCGGCCAGCGCGUUCACGGUGCGCGUGCUACGCUUGCGUGGAAACGGGCUGUGCUCGCUGCCACUUCAGGCGUGGACGCUGCAUGCACUCACGCAUCUUGACAUUAGCGAUAAUAGGAUCGCUGAACUGCCGGAUGAAAUUUGCCAACUGACACAGCUGGAAGAGCUGCAAGCGAGCGAUAACGAACUUCGGUCUUUGGACUGCGUGCUCAGGCUUCCAAGACUGAGGACUUUACUUGCUGCUAGAAAUCUUAUUAUUGGGUUUAUGACUAAAGAUAAGCAAGAACAUACACAAAUGGGUCCAGAACACGAGAUUAAAUCAGAAUAUCGGGCACCGCUAACAAGUGUCGACCUAAGGCAUAACAAGUUAAAAGGCAGCAUCAUUCUUGGAAACUAUGAGCAUUUGGUAUCUCUGGACAUAUCUCACAACUCCGUCGAUGUGCUGGUGGUGUCGGCUCUUCGUGGGCUACGGGAAUUAUACGCGUCACACAACACACUCCAACACCUCUCAUUACACGGCGCGUCACUUCGCACCAUACACGCACCGCACAAUCAAUUGGAAAGCCUGACCACAUCAGUACCACCAAUCAAUCUCGUAGAAAUCAACGUAUCUCACAAUAAAUUGACAUCCCUACCGCAAUGGCUCAGCGGAUGCUCAGACCUUACAACACUACAUGCAAGUAACAACCAGUUAACAUCGCUACCAGAACAUCUAUUUUGCAGCGAGCUCUCUAGCCUCAGCAGUUUACAUCUAGCGCACAACAAAAUAUCGAAUAUUCCCUCAAUGCCAAGAUUACGAGGACCUUUAAAGGAACUUAUACUUCAUGAUAAUUGUAUACAGUCUUUACCUGAAAACUUCUUCUCGGUGUGUGAUAGACUCAGCGUCCUGAACCUGUCUAACAAUAGACUUAGCCGAUUACCACCUGCCCGAGGACCCUCUUCACAUUGCCUGGAACGACUGUACCUAACAGCAAAUUGCCUAAACGAUGAUGUUGCAGAUAUUAUCACUGCAUUCAGAGGAUUGAAGAUACUAUACUUGGCGUACAAUUGCUUAACUACUUUGCCCGAUAGCUGUAUAAAUUUUUGGCCCGAUAUAGAAGAAUUAGUGAUAUCAGGGAAUUCUUUUACAAAACUUCCAGAAAAUUUACCACAACUGAAUAAUAUUCGAAUAGUGAGAGCUCAUUCGAACAAAUUACGCUCAGUUCCAAUGUUUGCGUGUAGUCAUUCUAUAAAAAUUCUAGAUUUCGCUCACAACGAACUAGAUAGCAUAGAUCUCAGACUGCUUGCCCCCAAACAACUUAAGUUUCUCGAUAUAUCAUGCAAUCAGAAAUUACAAGUAGACACCACACAAUUUAGUGCCUAUAGAUGUCAACGACCUUUAAGUCUCGUUGAUGUCACUGGAAGAACUUCGUUGCCGUGGUCUCAGAAGAGUGGAUACCACGAAGAAUUAAGUGGCUCCGCUCCUUGGUGUACGGGAUUUUCGGAAUGUCCCAACAAAUCGUUACAACUUUGUUGUGCCCAAAUUCGGCUCCCGUCUUUUUGCAAUAAAGAGGGUCUGUUCGCUAUAAUCGAUGGUGAAACAGACAACGAAGUACCAAAGAUUUUACAAACCACAUUACCUGGUUUGCUUCUUGAAGAAAAGUCCAUAAAAGAAACUGUAAACGAAUAUAUGAAAUAUGUAGUACUUUCCGCUCAUAGAGAGCUAAAAGAAAAAGGCCAAAGAAAAGGUGCUUGUUUAAUCAUGUGUCAUUUAACGCCUUUGAACCCACCAGAAAAUGGGUUUGGACACACUUCUAGAAGAUACAAUAUGCGGCUCGCCAAUGUGGGUGACACAAGGGCCGUUUUGAGUAGACGAAGUGGUCCUUUGAGUUUAGGUAUAGAAAAUAAUAAGCGGUUAGGUUAUUCUAGCCGGUACCCCAGCACAGUGCCUGAUCCUGAUGUUAUACAAACGGUAAUAAAAGAAGACGAUGAGUUUUUAAUAUUAGGCAAUGGAAAGUUUUGGAACGCUGUCAGCGUUGAAACUGCAGUGGCAGAAGUAAGAGCUGAACGUAACCCAGUUUUGGCAGCAAAAAGGUUACAAGAUUUGGCUCAGAGCUAUGGGGUGGAGGAUUGCAUAUCAGUUAUGAUUAUUCGUUUCGAUACUGCAGGACGAGCAGAUGUAGAUUUGUUGAUGCGGGAGUUAAGACAGACGAUAAAUAAUAAUAAGUCUGUGUGCAGAUCAGAUUGCUGUUGCUCACGGUUAGAGGCUUGUUGUCAUUCUGCAACCCCACCUAAAGCCUGCAGCGAUCGCUCAUCUCCCAGUGGACAAAGUGACAGGCCUUCGAGCGAAGCAGUCAGUCACCAACAUUAUGCCAGCGUGAGAUCAUCGCAAACCAGGGCAUCUGAACGACGAAGUUGUCGUGGCGGUGUUGCUCGAGCAAUUCGCGUCCGCGUUGAAGAAGAUAAAGAAGACGAUCACAGAAACGAAGAAGUGCCCAACUCUGAAGAACAAUUUAAAUGUUGGGAGUACAUGCUCGAACAAAAUACACAGAUGCUGUUUGACAAAGAAUUAGAUAACCUGUCCAAAGGGAUAAAAUCGAAUGUCAGUAGCCUUCGAAAUGUUAAAGGAUUAUCAGGAAGUAGCCCUCAACUUCAUCUGACUGGUAAAUCCACGAAGAAUGUGCCUUUUCUGUCAAAACAUUUUGGGAGUGCCAGAUCAUUUGGCACAGCUCUGAAGCCUGACUUUCGUUUUGGAUCUGGAAGGUUACCGAAUGGUGGACCAAACGCUGCAUAUUUUGGAUCACUGCAACGCCUAAUGCCGUACCACCUGGAAUACGAUUUUGCAGUGAUACAGGAAAAGUCCGUUCCUUCGCAAGAUUCAUUGGACCUCGAAGGACGCAUGCAACAGUACUGGGGAGUGGCCACAACAGAAUUGUAAAUAGCACCUCGUUAGUAGCGACCUUGUAAAUAAAACUUCAAUUUAAUUAGCAUAGAAUAUUAUCAUUAUUUAUA